GGGCAUCCAAGACAUAAGGGGCAAAUGUAAGAAGGCAGCCUUUAACAGUUAACACAUUAUCAUCUUCUUUCUCCUUUCUCUGCUCCUUUAAACCCAUUGCUUCUCUCUUACACACCCUCCAUCCUCAAUAACUAUCUCUUCUUUCUCUCUCUAUCUCUCUCCAUUUCUCCAUACAUAAUCUGACACACGGCAGUUUAUUCACCAGCUUCAACUCUUUCUCUCCCAAAUGUACUUCCACUGGGGUUUCUUCCUCACACCAACCCUUUCUCUCUCUUGUUCUUGAUCUCAUCCGUUACACUCAAGAACCUCUCUUUUAAUUUUUUUUUUCUUUUUCGUUCCUUCAAGAAGAUAUCAGUAUACAAAUGGGUUUUGGUUUUGGUUGCUUUUAGCUUGCUUUAAAAGGUCAAUAUACUAGAAACCAAAGCAUAAGCCAAAACUAGAACAAGAAAAGAAAAGAAAAAGCAAAAAAAAAAAAGGAAAAAAGAUCACCAUGUUGGAUCUCAAUCUUGAUAUCAUCUCUAGUGAGCCUUCUUGUGAUGGUCACCACAAUAAUAACAAGAACAAGAAUAGGGUAAUAAUAAGCAGAAAGCUAGAGACGAAGUCCAUCCCAGCAGAAGAGGUUGCUUCCAGGACUCAAAUGGAGGAUUCAGGCACAUCAAACUCCUCCAUCAUCAUCAACUCAGAAGAAGCUUUAACCAAUCCAGGAGACGAGAACUCCUCCAACUCUGCAUUGAUUUUUGAUAUCUUGAAGAAAGAGAAAAAUGAUGCCAAACACACCAAUAAUGCUUUGAAAGAAAUUAACCCAUUUCGAGAUUUCACUACCCAACAACUUUUCCCUGAGAAAAGUGGGCUUGAAUUGGAUUUGCAGUCCGGAUUGUCCAAGAUAAGGCCUCAGUGGUUGAAAUCAUCGCAGAUGGAGCCUAGUGCUGAAGCAGAGCUCAGAAUUGUGCAGCAAAAGCAGCAACAAAUGAGGAAGAGCAGGCGAGGACCAAGGUCUAGGAGCUCUCAUUAUCGAGGAGUAACAUUUUAUAGGAGAACUGGCCGCUGGGAGUCUCAUAUAUGGGAUUGUGGGAAGCAAGUUUAUUUAGGUGGUUUUGACACUGCCUUCGCAGCAGCAAGAGCAUAUGAUCGAGCUGCAAUUAAGUUCAGGGGAGUUGAUGCAGAUAUUAACUUUAAUUUAAGUGAUUAUGAUGAAGAUAUGAAGCAGAUGAAAAACCUGAGUAAAGAAGAAUUUGUUCUUAUUCUUCGUCGCCGAAGUACUGGAAUUGCUCGGGGGAGGUCAAGAUACAGAGGUGCAACUCUUCACAAAUGUGGUAGAUGGGAUGCUCGAAUGGGACAUUUCCAUGGAAGGAAGUGUAUGUAUCUUGGAUUAUUCGGCAGCGAAGUAGAAGCCGCUAGGGCUUAUGAUAUGGGAGCCAUCACAUGCAAUGGAAGGGAUGCAGUAACCAAUUUUGAGCCUAGUGUUUAUGAAGGGGAGAUCAUUUUUGAUCCAAGCUGUAGAGGGAUGAGUGAUCACAAUCUUGAUUUGAGCCUUGGAAUUUCUGCUCCAGUAAAUGAUUCAAAGGCGAAUAACAAUGUUGAAAGUGCUGCUUCAACACCUGGAUCUGUACAGAACCUUCACAGUCUGCCAAUAGCAUCAAAGAACCUUCCAACAUUGUCUGGCAUAUAUCCUGGAUUUUCACCAAGCAAUCAGGAAAUGGUUGCAGAGAAGACAAUCGGAGCGGAUUCUUCGCUAAAAAGCUCAAGUUGGCCAUGGAUAAUAAAAAAUGGAAACAACGACAAUGAUUUUGCAGCAUCAUCAGGAUUCGCUUCAUCAGCAACAAUCACUGCCUCUUCAGCAACCUUUCCAUUCAAUCAGCAGCAAAGUCAUUCUGUGAAUAAUCUGUGCCUAACAACACCCACCACCACAAACUCCUUCCAUUACUACUCUAACAGGAGCUGACAGUGGCACUUUAAGGGUGCUUUUGUCACUAUGCUCUUUAGAAUGUUAGGUGAGCAGGGAAGAAAACAGAAGAGCAAUUAGUACUCUGCAGGACCACUUUCUGUUUAUGCUGCGUCAUAAAAUCUGAAGCAAAAGAUUUGUCCUCAUAACAGCCAUGUAAAAGCUUUUGUCCAUUGAUGGCUUCAAACAAGGGAAGAUUAGAUCUAACCUGCUUAAUUUGGUAAAGAAUUUAUAUUGUGGAUCUAUAGUCUUGCUAUGUUAUAUCAUCAUUUUGACAAUAUGUGCUUCAUGAGCUCAGAAUGGUGGAAUAAUCAGAAACUAUUGUAAUGAUUCACUUGGAAACAGUUAAGACGAAAAGGGUAUUGAAAUGAGAAAUGUGAUAGACAUUUAUUUUUGUUAUUAAUUGUAAAAAUAAAUAAUAAUAUAAUGUAAUGAUCAUUUUUAUUUUUUUAAA